GUCUUUGGCCCCGCCCCCCUUGGCCCCGCCCCUCGCGCUCGGCCAUGGCGGGGCUGCUGCUGCGGGGCUGCGGGCGGGCGGCGGGGCCGGCUCCGAGCUGCCUCCGCCGGUGCGGGGAGGCGGCGGCGCUGCGGGCCCUGGGCUUCAGCGAGGAGCAGGCGCGGCGGCUGCGGGGGCUGCAGCCCCGGCUGGACGCGCAGCGGAGGCGGGAGGCGGCGGCGCAGCUGCUGCUGCUGGGGCUGAGCGCCGCGGCGGCGCUGCGGGUCCUGGAGAGGAGCCCCGCGCUGCUGCGGGACCCGGCGGAGCGGCUGCGGGAGAGGGCGGCGGAGCUGCGCCGCCUGGGGCUGCACGGAGGGCAGCUGGAGCGGGCGCUGAGCCGCUGCCCGCAGCUGCUGACGGUGCCGCGGCGGCAGCUGGCGGCGGCCGAGCGGGUGCUGCGGGAGCAAUGCCUGCUGACGGCCGAGCAGCUGCGGGAGGUUUUGGCGUCGAGCCCCGCCACGCUGCUGGAGGAGCCGCACCGCAUCCACCGACACUUCCAGUACGCGUACUUCAGGAUGGGCGUCCGGCAGAAGGAGAUGGUGAAGGCUUGUCUGUUCCGAAUGCCCUUUGCCGAGCUCAAGAACCGGCACAUCUUCCUGGAGCGCCGUGGACUCUACCAGACCCCACAAAAAGGCCAGACGCAAACCGAUAACCCCAAACUGAAGGACAUCCUUCAGCUCCCAGAGAAAGACUUCCUGGCCAGUGUGGCUCGCUCCACGCUGGAGGAGUACGAGGUCUUCAAGAAGCUGCUGGCUCGAGAGGAGGAGAAGGAAGAAGAGGAGGACAGGGAUGCGGUAGAUGCAGAGGAAGAUGAAGACUCAGACAGUGAAGGGAGUCAGACAGCCCGGGAGUGAGGAGCUGGAGCAGGAUCAGGCAGCCUUGGAUGAAAAGGAGGCAUUUCCAUCUCCGACACCAAUUCUUUGGGAGCAUCCCACUGGCCACGGCUUUCCAUCAUCCCCAGAUGCCUCGGCAGCCGUCGUUCUGGGCUGAGCUCUUUU